CGACCUCCAGGCGCCCCAGUCCUCACUUGCUGUCCUCCUCCAGAGGGUCUUGGCCCGUCGCGAGGAGGCUGCGAGGCCCCGAUCCUCCUCGCCUCGGGGGAUCCGGGCAGGCCCCCGCCACCGAACCCCAGCGGCCGGCCCGCUCCGCCCCGCUUUGCGAGGCGGCAGAAGUGCGUCCCUUCUCGCUUGCCUUAUGCGGGCGACGCGGGGACGGCGCUACCGCGAGGCCUGCCGGAGGGGGGCGCUCACGGCCGGGCCUCUGCUUUCCAGCCGGCGGCCGCGGCUCCCGGGCAAGGAGCGUGACGACGACCAGGGUCAGUGUCGUAUUGUCCCGGCAGCCCGCGCGGGAGGAGGAACCAGCGUCCGCUCGAGCUCGGCCGUGGACGCGCCCCUCGCCUCGCCCUCGCUUCGCUGGGCCGCCCCGAGCUGCGUGCGCGCCGGCCGCCGCCGAGGCUCCCUGGCCUCUGACAGCUCGCCCGGAGCUCCGGGGCCUGGAGUCCCGGCUCCGGGGGCGGGGCGAGCGCGGGGAGCGUGGCGAGCGUAGGGGGCGUGGCGAGCGUGGGGCGGGGCGAGCGCGAGCCGGGCCGAGGAGCGGGCGCGCGGGCGACGCCGAGCCGAGCCGAGCGGAGCGCGAGCUGCCGGGAGAGGCACGCAGAGCCGCCGGCCGCCUGCGGCUCCGCGCCCAUAGUGCUGCGUCGCCGGGCUCCGCGGACCCCGCCUCUGCCCAGGCUCCCGCAAAACUUUUUUUCUCGGGGGACCGGCGUCUGAAGGGGUCGGCGGGCUCGCGGCUCCGCGCUCCCUUACAGCGGCGGCCGAGGGGACUCGCCUCGCUCCCCGCCGGCUCUCGCGCCCCGCGCCGCCUCACCUGCUGCCCCUCCCGCGGGCCGUCCCCCCGCGCUCCGGACCGGCGAGCCUUCGGGGCGCGCGCGUGCUGGUGGUCGGGCUCUAGCGAGGAUACAAUGACUUUGCUGUCUCUGCUGGGUCGCCUCAUGCGCUACUUCUUGCUGAGACCCGAGACGCUCUUCCUGCUGUGCAUCAGCUUGGCGCUGUGGAGUUACUUCUUCCACACGGACGAGGUGAAGACCAUCGUCAAGUCCAGCCGGGACGCCGUGAAGAUGGUCAAGGGCAAGGUGGCCGAGAUGGUGCAGACCGAGCGGCUCGGGGGGCACGUGCUGGAGGCGGAGUUCUCCAAGACCUGGGAGUUCAAGAGCCACAACGUGGCGGUGUAUUCCAUCCAGGGCCGGAGAGACCACAUGGAGGACCGCUUCGAAGUUCUCACGGACCUGGCCAACAAGUCGCACCCGUCCAUCUUCGGGAUCUUCGACGGGCACGGGGGCGAGGUAGGAGUUCUCCGGGGCUUUGUUUGACAGGGUGUGCUUGUGUGAGUGUGUGUGCACACCAGGACGUUGCCUGCGCCGCGGGGUAGGACCUGGGUGCGAGGGGCGUGGUGAUGACCUGGUGCCGGCUGGACAAGGCCGCUCGUUCAAAUGCGGCUCAAGUUGCCCAAAACACGGCUGGAUCCCGUUUGGGGGAGGGAGGGCCGUCCACAGCCGGGUUCGUGCCUCGUGACUUGUGAGGUUCCCCAGGGCCGGAGCCCAGCGGUGUCCGUGCGGGCUUCGCGGGAAGAGUGAGUGGUUUCUGGGGUGGCCUUUGGCCCGGGGCCUCAGAGCUUCAGUUC